AUGCAGUUCAAGACUUCCUUUUUCGCCCUUCUUGCCGGCUUUUUGGCCAGCUCCACCCUCGCAGCCUACGUCCCUGUCGCCGACUCUGUCCCUGACAACGACUCUUUGACUGCUCCGGAUUGCACACAUGAUGGGUCGACAACUACAACUGCCCCGGCUGGCGACGCGGUGGUGCCAGUACCAGCGGAACCUGACUCGGAGGUGCGCUUGAACGCCACGCAAGUCCUGGCAUCGUUGGAUGCUGGGGGAAAGGUUGCCACUGCUUGGUACCCCAGUUGGCAGGCCGCUGCCCACCCUCCCGAGAGUUUGUCCUGGGACAAGUAUAAUGCCAUGACGUUUGCUUUUGCGACGACGACUUCGGAUCCGGCUAAUCCGUUGGCUCUUGACGCUGAGAGUCAGGCUUUGUUGCCCAAGUUUGUGGAACAGGCUAAGCAGCAUAAUGUGAAAGCCCUACUUUCGCUUGGUGGAUGGACUGGAUCUAUCUACUUCUCCGACCACGUUUCGACUCCUGAGCGACGAACAGCGUUCGUCAAGGCCGUCGUGGAUUUGGCUACGCAGUACAACCUUGAUGGUAUCGACUUUGACUGGGAAUUUCCCAAUAAACAAGGCAUUGGGUGUAACCACAUCUCCAACGCCGAUUCCGCCAACUUCCUUGCGUUUUUGCAAGAGCUGAGGCAAGAUCCUACGGGAGGGAAGCUCAUGCUUACUGCUGCUGUGGGGCUCUUGCCGUUUGUUGGAUCUGAUGGGCAGCCUAUGAGUGAUGUUUCUGGGUUUGCGGAGGUGUUUGAUUUCAUUGCUAUCAUGGCGUAUGAUGUGUGGGGAGCGUGGUCGCCUACUGUUGGACCCAAUGCGCCUCUGCAGGAUUCGUGUGCUGCGAAUGGUGUUGGGUCUGUUGCCUCGUCUGUUGCGGCGUGGACUGGAGCUGGGUUCCCUGCCAACAAGCUCGUACUGGGAGUACCGGCGUAUGGUCGAAGCUAUUACGUCGAUCCAGCCAACGCUCUCUCCGCUGCAGGGGAGCUCACCCCUUACGCGCAAUUUGACAAGUCGAAGCAACCGCUUGGUGAAGGUGAAACUGGCGAACAGACUGUGGACCAGUGCGGCGUCGCUUCUGGACCUAGCGGACUCUUCAACUUUGCUGGACUGGUCGAUGCCGGGUAUUUGAACCCUGAUGGAACCGCUGCGGAGGGUAUGGUGUAUCUCUGCGACCAGUGCAGUGAGACUCCAUUUGUGUACCAGAAGGAUACGGGCACGAUGAUCACCUACGAUGAUGCUGAGAGUACGGCUGCUAAGGGCAACUUUAUCGCUGAGCAGGGGCUGAAGGGCUUCGCUAUCUGGCAUGGCAUUGGUGAUUAUAAUGAUAUUUUGCUUGACGCUGUCUCGAGGGGUAUGGGGCAGUAA